AUGUCCAGCGUACUCCGGUGGAGUUGCUGUGAUACGCUGGCCUUGAACGUCAGGUCUGCAGAUUUCAAACGCCGGCAAGGCAAAGGAUACGCGUUGCAGGUCGGAGCCACCCCUAAGUGUAGAGACAAUUCGUCCGCUAACGCGGACUCAACCGAAUCCGCCAAAUUCUUUGAGGCACACUUAGCGGAAGAAUAUCGUGGACAAAAAGAAUCCAGGUGGACGGAGAAUAACCUGAUCAAGACGCUACCCCCUACCUCAGUGCCUAGUGACCUUGGAAGUAAUUUCGUUCACCUCAAUACUGUUAUGCGGACUCCGCUGGGUGAAAGCAUCCCCAUGUCACUCCACUAUCGACUACGGUGCAAAAGACACUUUUAUGGACAAGGCUGUGGUGUGUUCUGCCACGGACAACGGGGGACACAUGGUAACUAUGAAUGUGAUCCAAACACGGGACAUAUUGUUUGUCUGGAUGGAUGGAGAGGCGAUCGUUGCACUGAAGAUUUGAACUUUUGCUCGAGGCAUCCGGGAAUCUGUCAGAAUGGUGGACAGUGUGUGAACAACCAGCGACACACGGACGGAUUUCACCACUGCCACUGUCGUCAAGGUUACAAGGGUAAACACUGCGAAUUGCGAGAAGUUGACUGUCGGACACAGGGAUGCAAUGGAGCUGGACGAUGUGUGAAACAACAAGAUUACAAGCACGCAUGUCAGUGUAGUCCAGGGCACUUUGGAGAUCUUUGUGAAUCGACGCAACCAAUAGCCGAACCGAUACUGAGUGCAAAUGGGUCAGAAUUUUCGGGAUCCGAGAAGGACGUAAUGCAGAAGUGCACAAACAAUACAUGUCUUAAUGGUGGAUUGUGCUCAGAGUUGCCACGCAGUUUCUCCUGCAAAUGCCCGCAAGGAUUUGGUGGACACAAGUGCGAAUCCAACUUGUGUGGAUGUGGGAAGUCACAAGACUGUCUAGCCAAAUGUAUGAAUACUACCCAGCAUCCAGAAACCAUGUCAGACUACUGGAACUUAGAUCCCGAUAUCAAACAUAUAACGGUACAUCAACAUUCCUCCGGAUGGGGGGAUAUUUUGACUUUCGUCAUUGUUGCUGCGUUACUCGGAUCAAGUCUGGUAGUCCUGCUUUGUUUCACUCUGUGUUGGUUUCGCAAUCGAAAACGUGACCUACCCUUUGGUCUAGCAAGCAAUUGCGGUUAUUGCGCUAUCCAAAACGAGCCUUUCCAAACGUUUAACAACCAACUGGAGAAUGACGUCUCAUGUCACGUAUCCGUGGCGAAAUUGUCGCAGCCUCAGACUACGGAGCUCGAUACACCUGGAUUUUUACCGACCAGUAAGGCCACAGACCAUAGACCGUGUGAGACAGACUCUGGUCAUCACAAGAGUAAACUGACUUCGACGUGGAUAGAUGCGCAACAACUGUUCACCGAUAUUCAUAGCAACCCUACUAAAGUCGUCAAACAACACAUGGGUGCUAUGCGUUGA